AUGGGGGUCCUCCCGCUUUUGCAGUGGGCAUUCCCGGCAUCAGGGCAGCAAGGGGAGGUUGCUGUGGAUAUCCCCCCAUCCUCCCAUCUGCUGUUGGACAUUUGGGCCUCUGGAAGAACUGUGGCCCAACUUCUGCAUGAUACAGGAAUCUGGAGGUCUCAUGAAAGUGAGCUGAAUGGAUUGGCCAAGCAGUGUGAACUUCAACCCCGGGAGGUGGAGAGAUGGUUUCGAUCCCGUCUCAACCAAGACCGGCCCAGCUUGACACAGAAAUUCUGUGAAGUCAGCUGGAAGAGCACCUUCUAUGUAACUUCCUGCAUCAUGUGCCUGAUUGUCCUGCAUGAUGACUUUAAAGAGCUGAUCAUCCACCAUGCCGCCACCAUCUUUCUCAUCAUCUACUCGUACUGCGCCAACUAUCUCCGCAUCGGCACCCUGGUCAUGAUCAUCCAUGAUGCUUCUGACUGUUUCCUGGAGCUUGCCAAGGUCUUCAGCUACCUGAAAUGGCGCUGGACUUGUGACACCCUCUUCGUUGUAUUUGCCAUAAGUUUCCUCUUCACUCGCUUGGUGCUUUUCCCCUUCAAAGUGCUCUACAACACAUACUAUUACUUCAUGGAACUCUACCAACCUUUCUUUGGCUACUACUUCAUGAAUGCUCUCUUGAUGGUCCUAUACCUGGUGCAGCUCUUCUGGUGUUACCUGGUCAUCCAAAAGGUGUACAAGGUCCUUGCACAUGGCACGAUUGAAAAAGACACAAGAAGUGACUCAGAAGACAGUGAAGAUGACGAAAAAGAGACAUCCUGA